GUAGGCUACGUCAUAACUAAAUUGUCAGCUCUCCCACAGCUAGCAUGCUCUUGUAGCCCAUCCGCUUAGCCACUUGUAGAGAAGCCAUGGCGUUUACUCUGUACUCUCUCAUUCAGGCAGCGGUUCUCUGUGUCAAUGCCGUCGCUGUGUUGCACGAAGAGAGAUUUCUCAGUAAAAUUGGCUGGGGAGUGGACCAGAGUGUCGGAGGUUUUGGAGAUGAACCCGGCGUCAAAGCUCAGAUGAUGAACCUUGUCCGCUCUGUGAGGACAGUCAUGAGAGUGCCCCUGAUCGCAGUUAACUCGGUGUGCAUGGUGCUGCUGCUUCUGUUUGGAUGAAGUGAAGUGACUGAGGAUGUCAGAGGGAGAACAUCGUCAUCGUCUCAGGAAACGCCACUGGAAAAAUGAUUUGAUGAAUGUUGUUUCAGUUCAUUUUAUUUUAUUCUUUCUGUCUUGUAAUAUUCUGUUGUACACUGACCUGCCACUUUAUUAGGUAUACCUUGUAAGGACCAUGUUGGAAUCCCUUUGCUUUCCUAACUGCCUUAAAUCUUCUGGGCAAGGAUUCAACAAGCUGCUUGAAACAUUUCUUUAAAGAUUUUGGUCCAUUUUGACAUAACAGCAUCACGCAGAUCACCCAUUUUGGCUCAUCGCAAAGGAGCUUAAAUGCAUUGAGAUCUGUUGGUGACAGUGAACUCAUUGUCAUGUUCAAGAAACCAAUUUUGAAGUGAUAUGAGCUUUUUGUGACAUGGUGCAUUAUCCUGUUGCAAGUAGCCAU